GUAUCCCCAACAGAAGGCCGCGCAUUUACCUCCUCGCCCGACGGAGCGCGGAGACCGCGGAGACCGCGGAGCCCGGGAAACCGGAGUUGGAAAAGGACUUCCCUGGCGCAGCGGCUUUUCCAGAGGCUUCACGGCCCUUGGCGGAGUAUUUGGAACCAGAUGAGGACUUGGAUUUAGAAACCUGCGGCGUUCCAAUGCGGGUGCUUGAACUCCUGGAAGCUCGAAGUCAGCGCUGGGAGGUGGUGACUCCUGCGAGCACAAGCUCCUCAACCUUCACGGCAGGCUACACCACUGCCUGUUUCGAAGCUCAUCGAUUUGGACCGCUUCUGGCCAAGGACGACGCAUUCCCAGGCGACAGUGACGACAGCGAAGAAGCAUGGUGUCGGCCGGUUUUGCUGCCUGGUGGGCGAGUGAAGCGCCUUGUGAUGCCUGGAGAGCCUGUGAGGUACUUCACACCUCGAGAGCUGCUCCAGAUCGCCGGAUUUCCUUGCAGCUUUUGCUUCCCAUCAACAAUCACCCCACGCCAGCGUUACAAGCUCAUCGGGGACUCAGUCAAUGUUGAUGUGGUUGCUAAGCUGCUGCAUUUUCUUAUCUUUGAGUGGUCUGGUUUUGGUCGGAACAACAAAAAAGACGCUUGA